GAUUUAUUACGGCCCCAGUACCUGAUGGAGUACACAGAAGCGGCAGUUUCUCUUGGCGUUCGUAAUUUGGAAUUAGCGUUUGAACUCAACAGUCCCCACGCGUUCUGUUCUCUCUUCUGUAAAAGUCUAGUACCAAGCAAACCAAAAAACGGCACCUGAUUCUUUGGGAAUAAUGUAAUUACAAUCAUUGCUGGGAAUAAAUGCUGCAAAACUCUUUCUUUUUUAUUAUCCCUUCUUUGCUUUUAUCUCAGCGGUCGGACGGAUCGCAUUAUCGCAAGGACCAACGAGGGGCUUUGCUGGGGAAUUUCGAGCCGAAGCUGAUUGGAAGCGAUGUUCUUGUUGAUUUUGAUCGUGCUUCUCUUCGGGUUCGUAGUUGGGGCCCUGACGAUUGUGGCCGCGGAAGCGGUCGGAGUGUAUUUCGUCAUAAAUUGGUUGGAUCAGAAGACCAAAAAGAAAGAGGCCCAGAUAGCGUCACAAACGCAAGACUCUCUCCGGGAACUUGAUCCCUAUCAAUCCCUCGAUUUCGCUAACAACAAGAAGGGGAUAAUAUGGUUUCUAGAACCAGAAAAGAUUCCGAGAAAUGGGCUGGACAAAGGACCAAAGGAGCAAAAGAAAAAGAAGGAUUUCUCCGAGGUUUUUCCUGUUAAAAAGCACGCAAAAAUCAAGGACCAAAAACUCUGUCUGACUGAAUUAGAUGGUUCGCACAAAGCUGCUAUUGAGCUUAAAGGCUGCAUAAUUGAAGCUGUUUCAGCAUCAAACGUAUCUUCAAGAAAAUGGGCCAAAAAGUUACCCAUAAGAUUGGAAAGCAAGAACUCGGUACUUUACAACGGAAGUAAAACAUUAUACAUUUAUCUUGAGACUUCCUGGGAAAAGGAAUCAUGGUGUAAAGCCCUCCGUCUAGCUUCAUGUGACAAAAAAGAAAGAGUUGAUUGGUUUGCCAAGCUGCACAAAGAAUUUCAUAGUUACUUGACAACCUUAAAUGCAGGAUAUCCUUCGUUUAUGAAACCUUCAGUAGGGCUCUGUGCUGAGCCAGUAGAUCAGAUAAAUAGGCCUGAUGGGACUUCCUCAAAGUUGCGCCUACUUUUGAAGAAAAUUGCAAAGAAAACUGCUAGGGGUGGUGUAGAAAAUAAGUCAAACGUCACUUCAUUAUCAGGCCGUGUAGACAGAAAGGCAAGUGAGAAAAUUCGCCCAUUCCAAGAGACAGUAGCAGCUACUGGCUUGGCGAAGAGAUCUAAGAGUGAAGAAAAUAUGGUUCAACAAUUAUCAUCAACAUUUUCUCAUUGUGGAAGCCAAAGUCAUACCUCUGUCAUCUCUGACGCAGAUUCUGAUGAUAAGUUUGGUAAUGAUGAGGGCACACUCUGUUGGAAUUUGUUAAUUUCACGGCUCUUUUUUGAUGUGAAAGGCAAUACAGAGAUUAAAAGAUCUCUACAAUCACGGGUGCAGAGAACACUGUCCAGUAUGAGAACCGCCAGUUACAUAGGUGAAGUCAUUUGUACUGGGAUUGAUCCUGGGAAUCUCCCACCUUACAUUCAUGGUAUGAGGAUUCUUCCAAUGGACAUGAAUGAGGUAUGGGCGAUAGAAGUUGAUAUCGAAUAUUCUGGUGGCAUGCUUUUAGACAUUGAAACAAGACUUGAAGUUCGUGAAUUAGAUUUCCAGAAAGGCUUGGUGGAUUCAGAUCCAGGAUCAGGCUCUGUUGGGGAAAUCUCCUCAGAUCUUCUUGAAGGUUUUGAGUUCUAUGGAAAGCAGUUGAGUCCUGCUGGAGGGACAGUUGAUGUGCCAGAGCAGGAGGAAGUUUUUAUUGCAGAUGGAUUGAAAAGCUCCAAAAGCAAUAUAUCAGCAUCAUCAUCUGGUUCCAGGUGGAAGUCUAUUCUGGAUUCCAUCGCCAAACAGGUUUCACAGGUGCCUCUCUCUUUGGCCAUAAGGGUAACAUCCCUUCGAGGAACAUUGCGGUUGCAUAUAAAGCCACCUCCUUCUGAUCAGCUAUGGUUUGCUUUCACAUCCAUGCCUGAUAUUGAUUUUAACCUGGAGUCUUCUGUUGGGGAACACAGGAUAACUAAUGGCCAUAUUGCUUUAUUCCUGGUCAGUCGGCUUAAGGCAUCAAUCCGGGAAAGUCUAGUGCUUCCGAACAGUGAAAGUGUAUGCAUUCCCUGGAUGAUAGCAGAAAAGGAUGACUGGGUACCAAAGAAGGUUGCUCCAUUCAUGUGGCUUAACCAAGAUGCAAUUAAUGAGCCCACCAGUGGGCGUGAGGUACCCACCUCCCAAUCUUGUGAAGCAGAAACCAAGACAGAAGUUAGUAGGGGAACCUCCAGUGAUCCAGAAAGCAAGAAACAAAAACCCAAGAAUUCUGAAUCAAUCAGUGAAUCUUCUGAUCCAUUAUCAACUUCAACAAGGUCAGUUCAUAUCAGUGGCAGUUCGCAAGAAUUGAGAACCCCUCUUUUGUUAAGGAAUGAUGAACCACAAGAAACUUGCAAGCAGGUAGAGGAAAUCCCAGAGAGUCAAUCAACAUCUAGGUCUAUGAUUUCAUUUGAAAAACAGGACAGUACCACUGACGAUGAUGAUUCGAGGCCGAAGAGAGUGGGGGGGAGAAGAGCAAGGAUGCUUGAUUUUAGUAAGAAGGUGGGUGAGAAAUUGGAAGAAAAGAGGCGUCACAUUGAAGAAAAGGGUAGGAACAUUGUUGAGAAGAUGCGAGGACCAUGAAACAGCCAGAACAUAUGGAAUUGGCAGCAAAUACCAUUGUUCAAUGGAGGAACCUGAUCUUAACCAGGUCUCUGUUGCUUAAUUCGAUGGUGAUCUUACUUUCACGAGUAAUUAAUAUUUCAAGAUCCCCUUGAAUAUAGAAAGUCAUGUGUGAUUCUUCCUUGCAGGACAAGGAUUUGUUGCACAUGGUCCUCAAGUUUACACUGCACAAUAAAAUAGGAAUAUAAUAGAUUAGUAUUAGCUUUACUGUAAGAAAUACUUGUUUGACAUGAAAGCUGAAUAUACUGUUGAGCUUGAAAAAUGAGCUUCUUUCUGUUAUAACAAGCAUGUUGUGCUUUCUCAUUCUUUACUUGCAAAAUAGAUAAAAUGAACAGCAUCCAGAACCUUCACUGUAAUAUGAUUACAAAUUGAACUUCA